GCCACAGCAACAUGCCUGUCUCGAGGAGGAGGUUCUGGAUGACCAGCAGCUCUGGAACCAGGAGAGGAACUCCAGUCUGGACCAAGAGGACCAAGAGCCUCCACAGAUUAAAGAGGAACAGGAGGAACUCUGCAGCAGUCAGGAGGGAGAGCAGCUUGGACUGAAGCAGGAGACCAAUCACUUUAUGUUGACUCCUACUUAUGAGAAAAAGGACCACAGUGAAGCAGAACCAACCAGUGACCAGCAGCUCCUCUCUCACAGCUCUGCUGUAGCUGGGAGCCAGGAUCAGGAAGGAAGCCAGCAUGGAGACUCAGGAUCAGCUAGUAAUGCAGAGCCAAAGCCAAAGAGGAGACGUCACAAAGACACAAGUCACAGUUGCAGUGUGGACAACUCUCCCCUGUCAGAGACUCAGUCUAAACCUCCCACAGGUAAAAAGCCUGUAAAGUGUGACACAUGUAGGAAAGAUUUUAAGUGGAAGUCUGAUUUGGAUAGACAUUUGAGAAUCCACACACGUGAGAAGCCAUAUUCUUGUGAAGUAUGUGGGAAAAGUUUUAGGUCUAAUGUCGACUUGUCUGAACACAUUAGCGUCCACACCAGCCAGGAUCAGGAAGGAAGCCAGCAUGGAGACUCAGGAUCAGCUAGUAAUGCAGAGCCAAAGCCAAAGAGGACACGUCACAAAGACACAAGUCACAGUUGCAGUGUGGACAACUCUCCCCUGUCAGAGACUGACACUGAUCCUCCCACAAAUAGAAAGUCUUUAAAGUGUGACACUUGUGGGAAAACAUUUAGGUACAAGUCCUGUUUUAAUAGACAUCUUAGAAGCCACAAAGUGGAGAAUCAGUGUUGUUGUGAAACGUGUAAGAAAAUUUUCAGAUGUAACAGCGCCCUUUUGAUCCACAUGAGGACCUUUUUGAUCCACAUGAGGACUCACACUGGGGAGAGGCCAUAUGUUUGCAAGACGUGUGGGAAAGGAUUCAAGAAGUCAUCACAUUUGGGUGGUCAUUUGAGAACCCACACGGAUGAGAGGCCAUUUGUUUGCAAGACAUGUGGGAAAGGAUUCAUGCAGUCAUCAUAUUUGAAUGUUCAUUUACGAACCCACACAG